CAGUCUUGAGAUCGUACCUCAUCAGGCUUGCUUCACCCGGAGGCGGGGAAAUGGCUUCUGCUCUCUUCCCUCUGCUCGCUUUGUUUUCGGCCUUCUCCGUCGUGAUCAUUGAGGCUGAAGCAGAAAAAAUUUCUAGUUUCAAGCUCAAUUCUCAUAUUCUUCAGGAGUCAAUCGCUAAGCAGAUUAAUGAAAAUCCUGCGGCAGGAUGGGAGGCUGCCAUGAAUCCUCGUUUCUCUAAUUACACUGUUGGUCAAUUUAAGCAGCUUCUUGGAGUCAAACCAACACCUAAACAUGAUCUGAGUAGUACUCCCGUUGUAACCCAUUCAAAAUCAUUGAAGUUACCAAAUGAGUUUGACGCAAGAACAGCUUGGUCUCAGUGUAGCACUAUUGGAAGAAUUCUAGAUCAGGGUCACUGUGGUUCUUGUUGGGCAUUUGGUGCUGUUGAAUCAUUGUCAGAUCGUUUUUGCAUUCAUUUUGGCAUGAACAUAUCUCUCUCUGUUAAUGACCUCCUUGCAUGCUGUGGAUUUUUGUGUGGGUCUGGCUGUAACGGGGGGUAUCCUCUCUUUGCAUGGCGAUACUUAUCUCACGGUGUUGUCACUGAAGAGUGUGACCCAUACUUUGAUGAUAUUGGCUGUUCUCAUCCUGGUUGUGAGCCUGGAUAUCCUACUCCCAAGUGUGUCAGGAAGUGUGUGAAUCGGAACCACUUUUGGAGAAAGUCAAAACAUUAUAGUGUCAAUGCAUAUAGGAUCAAUUCAGAUCCCUAUGAUAUCAUGGCAGAAGUCUAUAAAAAUGGGCCAGUUGAGGUCUCGUUCACUGUUUAUGAGGAUUUUGCUCACUAUAAAUCAGGAGUUUACAAACACAUCACUGGGGACUCACUAGGAGGUCAUGCUGUAAAGCUAAUUGGGUGGGGAACAACCAAUGAUGGAGAGGACUACUGGCUCCUUGCGAAUCAGUGGAAUAGAAGUUGGGGAGAUGAUGGUUACUUCAAGAUGAGAAGAGGGACCAAUGAGUGUGGCAUUGAAAAAGAUGUUGUUGCUGGUUUGCCCUCCACCAAAAACCUCGUCACAGAGGUUGUUGACGUUGAUGCUGAUGGCUAUGUGUCGUUCUCAAUGUAACCAUAUAACCUAACCAGGUUCUGCAGUCUGCACGUAUAUUAAACACCCCUGCCCUUCAUGUUCUGCACUUGUGCUAUUAUUGCAAGAACGUGAACAAAAUGUACGAAAAAUUAAAUUACGAUCAAGAAAGAUUCUUGUAAAAAAUCUCAAUGAUAAGUGAGUAGUUAAAACUUCUUGUCAAUUUAUGCCCUGGAAUGUAUCAUUUCAAGCUGCUCUGUUAUUAUGAAACUUUUUUGUGAAUGUGUUA